AUGGCCGACGACGACGCGCUGGAGCACGCUGAGGACGUCGAGCUAGCGACCGCCGACAGCGACGCGUAUAUGCAGCACUUUUGCAGCGUCCUGACCAAGAUGAAGGCCAUUUUCUGGGCGCUCUUGGCGCCGGCCGAGCAAGCCAUGGUCGACGAUUUCCUAGCGCUUGCUGAGCCUGCGCAAGCGCUGUACGCGCGCCUCUUUCAGCGCAAGGGCCCGUGGUUCCGGUCCACGUCACUGGAGCAGUACCUGACGUCGAAGCGCAUCAACUGGUCUGCUGUCGACGACGACGAUGGCACGCCGCCGCUGCAGCGCGCCCUAAGCGCCUUGCACGCCGCGGGCUUUGUCGCCGGUCUCAACCACGACACGAAAGAGUUCUCGUCCGUGCUGCACGCGAUCGCGCGCGCCUGCCCGCUACCCGAAGUUGCGCUCAUUCUGCAGGCCGUGGGCGCGUCCACCAAGGGCAAAACCAAGGGCGACAUGCUGGAGCGACUGCGAACGCAUGUGAGCACCCAACGCCGUCUCGACGGCUCGUUCCUGCCUCUAGCGGCCACGGUUCAACGUGUGCUCUACGAUACAGCAACAUGCGCGAAGAAGACCAAGAACGACCUCUUCUUGGUGCAGAUCGCACCCGAGAGUCGAAGCGCCUUUCGCCGGAUGCACCAUCUCGCGUACCUCACCGCGUCGUUUACGAUGCCAACGCGGGCGCCGCCCAAGACACCGAGUUGGGACGAGUGGCGUCAAGUGUUUUUCGCCAACGAGCCCGUGGUGUGGCCCGGCCUGCUGCAGACGUUUAAUCGGUUCAUGGCGCCGACGUAUAUUUGCACGCCCAGCGCCGGCAUGUUUCCCUCGCUCCACGCAUUAGUGCUGUACGAGUGCAGCCGGCGAUUGCGCCAAGCCAUGUACUCGAUUGGCGAGUGCAUUCCGGUGCAAAGCAAGGUGCUAACGCGCGAGCCGUCGCUCUCGAUCGAGUGGCUCGACCACAGCCCGCCGUCGCUGCUCGUCUUUCAGUCGCCAGCACCUCUCGAUGACGCGCCGUGGAAGAUGGCGUGUCACCGCUCCGUCGACACGUUUCUGCGAACGUUCGCCGACUUGGACGCGCUCGUGCUCGAGGUGCGCCAUGCCUUGCGGGCCUACCCCGCGCAAGAGAGUGACGUGGCACGCCCUCCGUUCUUCGCACACUUUGAUGGCGGCUACCAGCUCGUGAAAGCCCUCGACAGUGCGAUAACUAUCUACGAGAAACUCGGGCAGCACGACAAGGCCGUCGUCUUGCUCCAGGAAGCGCUCGCCGCCCGCCGGAUUGGCUACAAGCGUGGUUCGUGGUACGUUCGGCUGGCGGUCAACUUGCACAUGCAUCUCAAGCAGCCGAACGAAGCCAUAACGAUCUGCGACCAAGGCUUGGCCGACGCCGCCGUGCGCGACUGCGACCGCCUUGUCCUGCGGCGCAAGCUCGUCCGGCUCCGCAAACCAAGCCCCAACAACGACAACGACGACGACAACGACGACGAAAGCAAGCCGAAUGAACUCGGAUGCUAUCUCUCGGAAGCGAUCGAAGGCCGGCCGCUGAACCGCGCGACGGGCGAAAAGUCGCGCUUCAUUGGCUACGACGACGCCGGUGUCUCGGUCGAGGAGCUCGUGUUGCAACACUACAACCGGGACGGGUGGUACGGAAGCCACCGCGAAGGCGCCGAGAUGCGCAUGCUCUUUGGUCUUUUGCUCUGGGACGUCAUCUUUAUGCCACAGCCGCACGUCUUUCAAACGCUGUAUCAGGAUCGACCGCUCGACUUGGACAUUCGGUAUGCAGCCCAUUUUUACGCCGCCCGCGCCGACGCGAUCGACGCGACGUUGUCGGCGCUUGCGGCCAUGAGCACCUCGGACUUGACGACGCACAUUGGGCAGCGCUACGACGGCUGCGAGGGUCAAAAUGGCUAUGGCAUGUCGUGGAGUACCUCGAGAGGUUACUUGCAGCUGCUGGCUGCCGGUCUCGGUGGCUCCAGCUUGUCGCGGUUGCUUCGUCUCUGGGUAACUGAGUGCGACUCGAGCGGCAUGCCCGACCUCAUUCUUGUCCGUGUGCCGACAGAGGAUGGCUACGCCAACCUCCAGCGCUACAUCGAUCGCACCGAGACGUCGGCGGAUGCGGACGAAGUGCCAUUGCUGCUGCUCGAGGCAAGCCAGGUGCAGCUCGUCGAGGUGAAAGGUCCGCGCGACGCGCUCUCCGACACGCAACUCGUGUGGCUCAACCGGUUCCGCCAAGCAGAAAUGUGUGCCAAAGUGUGUUUUGUGCACGAGCCCGACGAGAAGAGCAAGGCGCAAGCCAAGAAGGCGGCGACGCGGACGCCCGCAACCAAGCGACCUCGCAAACCGAGUCGCACCACCGCCAAGAAGCGGCAACCGGGUGCGUCGAUCCUUGGCGUCGCAGCCAAACGCAUACCUGAAGUCAUCGAGAUCAGCGACGACGACGACGAGUAA